AUGACUGGACUACAGAACAGCGAGUGCGACAAGAUUCGACCCCUUUUGCCGAUUUCGCCCCCCUACAAUAUACUUCCGAACCACGGGCGAUUCCGCAAGACGGUCAACAUUUGUGGAAAGUGGCCAUGGGAGUUAGCCCAGGAGGACAAGAUCCCUGAUACGUGGAGCGUGAAUUUGUUGGACGAGCUCGCACACGCCGUCCGAAUCGUCGAGACGACCGGUAUAUCGCUCGAUGAAUUCAUCGAGCAGCUAAACCGAAUCAUCGAGGAGCGGAUUCCAUCGAACAAGGCCAACUGGAGUAAAAAGUUGAUGAAAACCGAUGCCACUGCUAUCAUCAAGUGGAUGACGGACAAGAAGAAAGGCAUCCAUCAACAGGAUCGCACGACCAGAAGCAAGUCCCAGGCCCCUAGCGUUAAUCGAAAUAAGGGCAGCCAAGAUUCACGGCAGAGUCUGUCUACCAACACGCCCAGCGGUAAGACUCCCGGAGGCCAUGAUGCUCCAGCUGGAGACAAAUCUUCUGUUGCCCGACAUGGGCCUGGCUCGCGAGGCGGCGAAGAUUUGUCCCAGCAGAAUCAGAAUGUUACCUCCAACAUUACACGCGAUGCGACAGCCCCUUCUCCUGAAAAGCCCACCGGCCAGAUGUCCGCCCUCUCCCCAAUGGCGAGACUGCUGACAACCGUCACCAGCGUUGACGCUGCGACUCCCUCCAGAAAGCGACCCCGGAUGUGCGACAGUUCUCCGCCAGAGGAGACGGCCCGCAAGGCUCCUAGAAGCCGCAAAAGCGAUGGUGGCCAUCGUGCCAUGACUGAUGCUCCUACCCUCUACAUGGUUUGGCUAAACAAUGAGUCUGGCCAAGCCAAGCAGCAAGUCGAACUCUUCAAAGACUGUCGCACCGAACUGGACAAGUCUCAAGCGAAGCGCAAGGAUGUUAGUGCGCAAGAGCAGCAGAUUCAGACCGAGCGCGAAGCGGCCCGUGAAGAGGUUCAAAAGCUCACUCGUGACGAGCAGCAUCACAAGCUGGCAGUGGACUCGCUGCGGCCCAUUGUUGAGCAGGCAGGUUGUCCCGCUCAAUAUCGAGAAGCAUUCGAAUUAAGUGAGAAGUUGCUGCAGGCGGCUCCGAGCGACAAGAAACGUGCUGAGGAGCGAGUCUGCGAGAAGGAGCGCCAACUACGGGCUGUCGACCGCGAACUGGGCUUGUUGGACGGCGGAAUUGAGAGACUGACGGAGGAGAUUGAGAGACAUCGUGAGGCGGCUGUUCAGAUAGAGAAGGAGCAGCGCGUUUGUGAUAUCUUACUCAAGCUGGUUGGGACUGGUGUGACGGGCAUUGCGAGCUGGGAUUCGCAUCGGUUGGAAGCGUUGGGGGCUGUGGUUAACCAGGUUGAUGACGAUGACGAGAUGGAGGAGAAUGACGAGGAAUGGUCUGAGGUGGAGGGAGAAGAGGAGGAGAUGGUGGAAUGA